AUGUUCACUAAGCGAACUCCGAGAACCAUCAUUGACUGGGAGCUCUUCGCUUCGCUUGUCGGCUUUUGGGAAGAUACCAUCAUGGACAACAUCGACCACGAAUAUGAUCGGCUUGUAGAAUAUCUUCUCGACUGCAUGAGGACAGCGAGGAGUUUCGAAACCACCAAGAGAUGCCUACCGCCGGAAACUCUAGAGCUAAUACGUCAGCGUGGAGCUGCACGAGCUGCAAGCAACAAAGAAAUCACGUCCGAGAUCGCAAUGCUUCGCAGAGAGGGGAGAAAGAAAUCUAAAUGGAAACCUCAAAGAGAGAAAUGCAGAAGUGUUGGCUGA